GGCGGCGGCGGCGGCGCCUGGACGGCGGGUCCGGCGAGAUGUUCGUGUAGGUGUGGUGGUCUCUUCGAUUCUUUCCCUUUCUUCUCUCCUUGCUUCCUUGGUGGUUAGCGCCGGUGGCAGCGGCGCCGCUGCCGGUCACCACCGUGAUAACCAUCGCUGCUCCAGGCGCAGCCCGGGCUACCCUCCCGCCGGACUUGCUUAGCUGCAGUCAGCACCAUGAUGCUUUGGUACCCUUGUGUAGCCCUGUGUAUUCUGAAUGAUACUUCGGGCGGCCCGAGAAUGAUGAUGCUCAAAUCUGAUGGUCCGUCGCAGAUAGCCACGGCCACGCAGCUUAUGCCGGCAUCCCUGCCUGAUGAUACAGAAGGAGUCAACAAGGAUCGUACAUAUAUUGCACAUCUUCUCUGUGAUAACAUAUGGCAGCAGCGAUGUGGACAUUAACCAUAUCAUACCAGGUCUUUCUACAGGCUCUUUUAAAAUAAUUUCCAGCACCCCUUUGUGUUUGUUUUCGCCCAUCUCUCCUUACAGUGACAUGCCACUACACUAUGGGUGCAUAUUUUCUGCUCCUGGAUCUUGUAUUAAUGGAGAGAGGGUUGCCCAGCACAAGAAGAGAAAGCCUACAAUGAAGCCAGAAGAAGAGCUAAACAGUUGACUAUCGUUGAUGCCUCCAUGGUGGUUCCUGGUGCAUUUCAUGGCUGCAAUUCUUGCCGUUGAUGUUCAGGGGCGAUAUGAUACUACUGACAGGUACGCCUGUGAUCCUUUCUCUUGCGGCCAUCUCCAAGACAUCCAGUACCCUUUCCGCCUGCGAGGAGAUCUGCGUCUGUGCGGUUUGCCAUCGUACGAGCUGGAUUGCUCCGAUAGCAAGGCUACAAUUCGGAUCAACACAGGGACGUACUUUGUCACGGAUAUCAACUACAAGCAUUCUUACUUCUGGGUCGUGGACGCCAACCUGGACAUGAGCGGCAGCUGCCCUCUUCCUAGCUGGGAUCAGCGCCCUUAUAUAUAUGGCAUCCCUGGGUCCGACGGCUUCGUCGAAUUGUACCCUCGUUCUGUUACAUGGGCUAACUUUGUGAAUUGUUCGCGGGCGGUCACGGACAAUAGUGACUACAUACCGGUAGCUUGCCUGAGAACGAGGUCUUCUUUUGUCUAUGUGUUGAUUGACUCUCUUUAUGUUGGAGAUCUUAAUCCUUACUGCGGGUACUUGGCUGUGGCUGCUUUGGGUGAUCAGAGCGUGCAAUAUAGUAAUGCAAGCCAUGGUGUUUUGGUGGAAACCCUGAGGAGAGGAUUUCCUGUUUGGUUUCCUUUGAAAUAUAAAAGGAGGUAUGGGGGCUUCAAGGAUUGCCUAAAGGAUAAGAUUGUCCCAGUUCCAGGAAAACCAAUGGCUAGUACUCUUGGCAACUGGGAUUGGAUAUGGACCAUUUUUACGGUUGAUUCUGAGAUCUUACAUUGCGCAUUUGGAGCAGACACUUUUCCUUCCAAUGAACACCUUCGCAAACUACAGUCCUCAACAGUAUACUCCAUGUUGAUAUUGAAGUUGAUUGCUGCUCUACGCAGGUUUGUGUUUGCUCCUCUGGUGGUACUGGUCUUCCUAGCCCACAAAUACUGGAAAACAAGGAUCACAAUCGAUGCGGUCGAGAAGUUCCUACGGAUGCAGCAAAUGAUCGGCCCGACAAGGUAUGCCUACACAGAUAUUGUUGCAGUCACAAGCCAUUUCAGAGACAAGCUGGGUCAGGGGGGCUACGGCUCCGUGUAUAAGGGCGUUCUACUCCCAGGCGAUGUCCCUGUGGCCAUCAAGAUGCUUGACGGUAAAUCCAGCUGCGACGGAGAAGAUUUCAUCAGCGAGGUCUCCACCAUCGGUAGGAUCCACCACGUCAAUGUGGUGCGUCUGGUGGGUUUCUGCUCCGAGGAAAUGAGGAGGGCACUAGUCUACGAGUAUAUGCCCCGUGGUUCUCUGGACAAGUACAUCUUCUCGGUCGAAAAGAGUUUUUCCUGGGACAAGCUCAAUGAAAUUGCCUUGGGCAUUGCCAGGGGGAUCAACUACUUGCAUCAAGGCUGUGACAUGCAGAUUUUACACUUUGACAUCAAGCCGCACAACAUCCUUCUUGACAGCAAUUUUGUCCCAAAAGUCGCCGAUUUUGGCCUUGCCAAGCUAUACCCAAGGGAUAACAAUUUUGUGCCGUUGAGCGCCUUACGGGGAACAAUCGGGUACAUGGCUCCUGAAAUGGUAUCCCGGAGCUUCGGCGUCAUAUCCAGCAAGUCCGACGUCUACAGCUUCGGGAUGCUGCUGUUGGAGAUGGCUGGAGGACGCAGGAAUGCUGACCCAAAUGCGGCGAACUCAAGCCAGGCAUUCUACCCAUCGUGGGUGUAUGACCGGCUAACCAAACAUGAACUGGGUGAGAUAUCUGCUGAGAUGCAUGAGUUGGAGAGGAAGCUGUGUCUAGUUGGCCUAUGUUGCAUCCAGAUGAAGUCCCACGAUCGUCCGGCGAUGAGCGAAGUCAUAGAGAUGCUCGAAGGCGGCAGUGAUGUGCUGCAGGUGCCUUCAAGGCCGUUCUUCUGUGAUAGUGGCCACACCCCCCUAGAGGAUUCUUACCAUUUCAUGUCUGAGCUGACUGCCAUUUCGGAGGAGGAUGGGUAAAAUCAUGUUUAUGUUCAAUGUAAUACAUUAUUACGAUGUGACGAACUUAUAUGGUGAAAAUUUGCAGAAAUGGUUGUUAUGUACUA